AUGGUGAAGCACGGAUCUCACUCAUACCUUUGUGCGGAGGAACGACGAUUGAAGGAAGACAGAGAUAGAACAAAGUAUUGGAAGAAGUGGGGACCGUAUCUCAGCGAGCGUCAAUGGGGAACAGUUCGUGAAGAUUACUCUGAGAAUGGUGACGCAUGGACCCACUUUCCUCAUGACCAUGCAAGAUCACGCACCUACCGUUGGGGUGAGGAUGGUAUUGCUGGUGUGUCCGAUUCACAUGGUCUUCAAAACAUCUCUUUUGUCUUCUGGAACGAACAGGAUGAUUUCCUGAAGGAACGUUUGUUUGGUCUCUCGAACCCCCAGGGAAACCAUGGAGAGUCCCUCAAAGAGGCCCAUUUUCAUCUUGACAAUACUCCCACUCACUCGUACAUGAAAUAUCUUUACAAGUACCCCCAGCGGAAGUUCCCUUACAAGACCCUUGUCGAGGAGAAUGCAAAGCGCAGUAGGGAUGUUCCGGAAUACACACUCCUCGACACAAACAUCUUCAAGGAUGAUCGUUACUGGGAUAUUAUCAUCGAAACCGCCAAAGACACUGAAGAUGAGGAAGAGCUCCUUUUCCGUAUUACUGCCUGGAAUCGCGGUCCAGAACCUGCACCUCUUCAUAUCAUCCCUCAUAUGUGGUUCCGUAACACCUGGUCAUGGGGUCAUGAAACGCCAGACAAAAAGCCCGAGAUCUCCCAGAAGUCUCCUUUCCUCGCGGAAUCAAAGCAUUGGUCCUUGGGAUCUAGGUAUAUGCAGCUUUCGCCAUCUCCUGGUGUUACUGCGGACUCUGAAGAUGUGAUGCCACAACUUCUAUUCACAGAGAACGAUACUAAUUUCGAGGUUUUGUACGGCGGAGAGAAUGAGCAGCCAUAUGUGAAGGAUGCCUUCCACCGUUACAUUGUGGACGAGGAGAAAGAGGCAAUUAACCCAGCACAGAAGGGAACAAAGGCAGCAGCAUGGUACGCUUUUGAAGAAGGGGAUGGUAUCGCGCCUGGGGCUUGUGCAGUAGUCCGAUUCAAGUUUACCAAAAACCCCAACAAAGGUAAUGGCGAUGACGUUGCCCCUAACGCCGAGAUUGAUGAAGCCGGAAUCGACGAAGAAGAGUUUGAUGAUAUGAUUGAGCGUCGUAAGUCGGAGGCCGAUGAGUUUUACUGGCGUAUCUCGCCUCUUCCCAUGGCGGAUGAUCUCAGGAACAUUCAGCGUCAAGCAUUGAGUGCCACCACCACCUCCAGGAAGAAAGGUAUGCCAGAUUGCUGGGAGUAUCCAUUCUUUGCGGCGUGGGAUACGGCAUUCCACACGAUCCCGUUGGCGAUGGUGGAUCCAGAUUUUGCAAAGAAGCAAUUGGAUGUGAUGACCAGAGAAUGGUACAUGCAUCCUAACGGACAGAUCCCAGCUUAUGAGUGGAACUUUGGAGAUGUCAAUCCUCCAGUUCACGCCUGGGCCGUAUUCAGAACAUUCAAAAUGGAGAGAAAACUGUACGGCAGAGAAGAUCUUGACUUUUUGGAGCGCGUCUUCCAGAAACUCUUGCUCAACUUUACAUGGUGGGUCAACCGCAAGGACUUUGACGGCAAGAACGUUUUCGAGGGUGGUUUCUUGGGGCUUGACAACAUUGGAAUCUUCAACCGUUCCGAGCCGUUGCCUACCGGAGGUGUUUUGGAACAGGCCGAUUCCACUGGAUGGAUGGCAUUCUACUCGCUGAACAUGUUGAACAUUGCCCUCGAGCUCGCAAAACACAGGCGUAUUUACGAAGACAUUGCAAGCAAGUUUUUCGAACAUUUCAUCUUCAUCAGUGAUGCGAUGACAUACAAGGGCGAUGGAGAAGGUGGCGAGUCCAGUCUGUGGAACGAAGAAGACGGAUUCUAUUAUGAUGCAAUUUCCUGGGGAGGACCUUGGUCACAGCAGAUGCCUGUCAAGUCUCUUGUCGGACUUAUUCCGUUGUAUGCCGUUCUCACGCUUGAACCGGAGUUGAUGAACAAGUUCCCUAGCUUCAAGAAGCGGGUGGAUUGGUUCGUUCAAAACAGGAACGAUGUUGCUGAGCGAAACAUUGCAAGCAUGUCCAAGAGAGGACAGGGAGACCGAAUGCUGCUGUCCCUUGUAAGCAAGGACAGGCUGGUCAGAAUCUUGGAAAAGAUGCUGGACGAAGAUGAGUUUUUGAGCGACUACGGUAUCAGAUCACUAUCCAAAUACCACAAGGACAAGCCGUAUUCCAUGAACGUGAACGGACAGGAGUUCAAGGUGGACUAUGUCCCAGGUGACUCAAACAGCUCGUUGUUUGGUGGAAACAGUAACUGGCGAGGACCCAUUUGGCUCUGCGUCAACUUCUUGCUCAUCGAAUCUCUUCUAAGAUUCUACAUGUUCUACGGCGAUGAUUUUAAGGUUGAGUGCCCCACGGGCUCUGGUGAAUACAUGCACCUUGGGCACGUGGCCGAAGAAAUCCAGCAUCGUCUGCAACACAUCUUUGCGCAGGGCGAGGAUGGGCGCCGGGCAUGCAACGCCGGUAACGAUCUCCUCGACUACAACCCGCACUGGCGUGACAACUUGUGGUUCCACGAGUUCUUCCACGCAGACGAUGGGCGUGGCCUGGGAGCGUCCCACCAGACGGGCUGGACCGGGCUGGUUGCAAAGCUGAUCCACGACUCUGGUAUCAACUGCCGUGUACCCCAAACCCCACGCACACCCGGCACUGCUGCAAACCAUUACUUUGACGAUAUAUUCUCCAGAGUCAACAAGCCGAAGCCCUACAUGGGCCGGCGCCAGUCAACGAGGAGUAUCGACGCCAGGAGUGACUGGGGCGGCGACGAGGACGAGGAGGAGAGGCUGGCGAGAGAGAGGGACGACGAGGAGGUGCUGGGCUAUGUCAACCAGCAGCUGCAGAGAGUCAAGAGCAACGCGUCCGUGUUUGGCGUGGAGGACGAUGAGUUGGAGACGACAUGGCGUUGA